UGUAUUUCCUUUGAGUGCGAAAUGAGGGGUUUCUUGGUGUUUUUGGUGUUCCUGUUGUUACUGGCGACGGGGGUGUGCAUGUGGUUGCUGUGGCCGGCGUUUUCGUCGGAAUACGUCAUCGUAAGCACUCCCCUCGGAAAGAUUAAGGGCAGCAUAUCAAAAAGUCCAAAUAAUCAUGCAGUUCAUAUAUUUCAAGGAAUACCAUACGCUGUCCCACCACUUGGGAAGCUCAGAUUUCAAGAAACCCAACCUAAAGGAAAAUGGAACGGAAUUUUGGAUGCAACCAAAGAAGGAAAAUCCUGCGUUGGUGCCAUGUACCUGGACGAACCCGCCGAAGAAAGCGAAGAUUGCCUACAGUUAAAUGUUUACACGCCUUCCCUAAAAAUGUCGGAAAGAGUACCGGUUAUGGCUUAUAUUCACGGCGGUAGAUACGCUUACGGGUCUGGAAGAAUGUCAGCACUCAAUCCUUUAUUUAUUGUCGAGGAAGAUGUCGUGGUCGUUACGUUCAACUACAGAUUAGGCCCCUUUGGGUACCUUUCUACCGAAGACACUGUGGUUCCCGGAAAUGCCGGUAUGAAGGAUCAGCUCAUAGCUCUACAAUGGAUAAAAAAAAACAUCAGAGCUUUCGGAGGGGAUACCUCCAAAAUUACGCUUUUCGGCCAGAGUGCUGGUGGAAGCGCGUGUGGUCUCCACCUUGUUAGUAGAAAAUCUGCAGGGUUGUUCAGAGCAGCGAUCUGUCAAAGCGGUUCCGCGCUAACUCCCUUUUCUAUCUAUCGGUCUCCCAGGAAAUACGCUUAUCUGCUGGCGAACUUAAUAGACCAGAAAGUAUCCGAAGAAAGCCACAAUUCAUCGCAGCUACUGGAGUUCCUUAACGCACAGUCGCUUGAAGCUAUUACAACAGCCGGCAAUAUCCUUAGCAUCAGUCUCGAAAAGGAAGAUGGUCUACCGGCGCCUUCCAUCGAGGUUGAACACGAAAACGCCUUUCUGUGGGAAAGUCCGUACACCCUUCUAGAGAGCGGCGAUUUCAAUCGAGUCCCGUUGAUAACGGGAAUCGUCUCCGAAGAGGCUCUAACGCAACUUCCAAGUUGGGACGAGUUAAACAUUGAAGCCAAAAAAUUGGACACAGAGGAAGAAUACAUAUUUCCUUAUGGUUUCGUACCGGCCAAUGCAUCGGAUGAUCCCGAAAUAGAAAAGUUUAUUAAAGAUAUGUACAUCCAAGACGAUAGUAGCUUCAGUGAGAAUUUGUUCGAGGCGGUGCAGCUCAAGAGUGAUAAUUUGUUCAAUAGAGGAGUAAUAAAACAUGCGGAACUUCAAUCCGUAUACACUGAUGUGUUUUUGUAUCAAUUUGCUUACUCGGGCGAACUGAAUACUCCUCACCUGGAUGUACUUGGUGCUGAAGGGAAAUGCGAGCAUGGCGAUGAUAUAAGAUACUUGUUUGUGCGUAAAGACAUAUCGCUAAUUAAUGCAGGUGACAAGUUGACGAUUGAAAGAAUGGUGAAGCUCUGGACCAAUUUUGCGAAAUAUCUGAACCCGACUCCCAACAGUGAAGAUCUACUCGGGAACGUUAUGUGGCCAAAACUGCAGCCCCAGAAUUUAGUGUACCUAAACAUAAGCGACACUAUAGAUCUCGGUAUUAAUCUGAAGGAAGAGACCUACUUCAAGUGGAACUACACUUUCUUCAAGUGGGGUGCCAGACCCUUCGUAACAUUUUGACCUUUGUGUUUACCUCUUAAGAUAGAAAUUAAAUUAAGUUUUUUUGAAAGUUAUUGAUAUUGAUUCCGCAUUUUGGGUUAUUUGAUCUCAGCUUUCUGGUGACAAUGACUUCGAAGCACUAACGCGCGUCAAUCAAUUGUAGUGUAACAUUGGUCACGUUUGGGUAUUUUGUGACACGAAAACGUAGAGAUAAAAUAUAUACAGUGUGUCACAUUUAAGAACUGUAUACCCUUGUAAAACCUAUGUAUAUGGUAAAUGCACUAAAAUCUUGUAUUGCUUAUUGCUUAAACUUAAAGUCAUGGUCAACUGGGACUAUUUAACAAAAGAGAGAGAAGAGAGAAGUGCCACUGGGGAUUUUUUUUUAAAUAAUUGGAAUCCGAACCAUACCAAUUUUUAUAAUGUUUCAAUGCAGGGUUAAAGUUUGAUUUUGAUAAUUUUUUUUUGUUAAAUAGAUCUCUCAAAAAUGCACUAAAACCCUAUGUUUCUUAUUACAUCAUCCUGAAGUCAUGACUAAGUGGGACUAAUUUUUGAGGUCCAAUAUCGAAAAGAGCUGUUAGGGAUUUAUUUAAGAAUUAAGCGUCAACGAAUUCUGAUUCCGGACUACAUAAAACCUAACCAUACUUAUUUCCAUGAAGUUCCAAUAUAGGGUGCUCGAUGCUCAAUUUUGAUCAUUCUUUUUUUGUUGGAUAGAUUUCACUGAAAGACAGUAACGAUUUUCUUAAAAUUAUAUUUGUUUA